UCCUACCAGCUCCUCGGACUGAAGAAAAGUUUAACAAGUUCUCUCCAGAAGUUCUCCAGCAAGAUGAAAAUGAAGUUCAACAAGAUAGCUAAGGCUUCUACUACUCCAACUCUGCUAAUAUAAAGGUGAAUCUUCUAUGUAAUCAUGGAAGUAUUAAAGAUGAAAGUUGAACCUUUUUCUGAUGAGAAGCAGGAUGAUUUAUUGAAUAUCAAACUGAUGAAAAAGGAAGAUGAAACUUUCACAAUAACUAAUAUGAAUACAGAGCAGCAUGGUGAUUUUCAAGAAGAUGAUGUUAUUUCAAAGUUCAGUUACAGUGAUGAUGAGGAUCAGGAUAGUCCACACUAUAAUGUUAUGAAUGUGAAAACAGAAACUGAAUUUCAAAGAUAUAUUAAAUCUGAGUUAGAAAGAACACCUGAUUUAAAGACCAGUGUGAACAUCUGUUGUGGAAGUCAAUUUCCUGGUUAUGUUAUAAAACAAGAAGAUCAUUUUAUAGAAGAUGUAAAAUCCCUAAACAACAAUAUUAGUGGAGAAACAAGAUUAAGUGAAAAUAACCUAAAACCAUUUAAUAUACAUCAGAGUAAUGAUACACUAUCCAAUUGUGGAAAAACAUUAGGUAACCUAAAUCAACAAAAGAGGAUACACUCUGGAGAGAAACCAUAUCACUGUACUUUUUGUGGAAAACAGUUUGGAACAAAUGGUAAUUUAAAAAUACAUCAAAUAAUACAUACUGGGGAGAAACCUUACAGUUGUGGAGUUUGUGGAAAAGAAUUUGGAACAAACAGUAACUUAAAAAUAAAUCAAUAACACAUACUAGUGAGAAACCUUACAGUUGUGUAGUUUGUGGAAAACAGUUUGUAUUAACCUGUAACUUAUAAAAACAUAAUAGCACACACUGAGAAAACCUUACAGUAAUUGAGUUAGUGAAAAACAAUUUGUUAAAAGCAGGUACUUAAAAAUAUAUAAAAGGUUAUGCAUCACGUAAAAACCUUACAGCUGAAGAAUACAACUUGUAAGUAACUAUAGCAUAAAAAUACCUCGGAGAAUACACAGUUGGGAAAAACCAGGUUUUGAUACAAGUGUUUAGCACAGAAGGUAGUUUUGUAAAGUACCAUAUAACAUUAAAGGCUCUGAAAGAAAAAGAAAUUGAAGCCAAUCUUUAUGAUUAAAAUAUUUAUCAACCUUUCACUUAAACUUCUUUAAACUAACAGCCUCACUGAAGGCAACCUUUAUUAAACUAACAGCAUCACUGAAGGCAACCUUUAUUAAACUAACAGCAUCUGAAGGCAACCUUUAUUAAACUAACAGCUUCACUGAAGGCAACCUUUAUUAAACUAACAGCUUCACUGAAGGCAACCUUUAUUAAACUAACAGCUUCACUGAAGGCAACCUUUAUUAAACUAACAGCUUCACUGAAGGCAACCUUUAUUAAACUAACAGCUUCACUGAAGGCAACCUUUAUUAAACUAACAGCAUCACUGAAGGCAACCUUUAUUAAACUAACAGCAUUGCACUGAAGGCAACCUUUAUUAAACUAACAGCUUCACUGAAGGCAACCUUUAUUAAACUAACAGCUUCACUGAAGGCAACCUUUAUUAAACUAACAGCUUCACUGAAGGCAACCUUUAUUAAACUAACAGCUUCACUGAAGGCAACCUUUAUUAAACUAACAGCUUCACUGAAGGCAACCUUUAUUAAACUAACAGCAUCCAUCACCACUGAAGGCAACCUUUUCCAAUCACCCGUUCAGCUGAAGAUGACUGCUGAAAUUUAUAUUUGUGUUCCCUUGUCUUACCAUUCUUCCCAUUAAAUAUUAAAAAACA